AUGAACGUAUCAGAAUUUGUGGAGUUUGCCAAGGCGACAAUCGACUUUGUUGCCGAUUACAAUGAGACUUUGAGAAACAGAAACGUAUUGCCCGAUGUGGAACCGGGUUAUCUCAGUAAAUUAUUACCUGAACAAGCACCACAAAAAUCUGAGAAAUGGCAAGCGGUGCUUGAAGAUGUCGAACAAUGUAUUAUGCCAGGUAUAACACAUUGGAAUUCACCUUAUUUUCAUGCGUACUAUCCCACGGCUAAUUCUUAUCCGGCUCUCGUGGCCGAGAUUUUAAGCAGCGCGAUUGGUUGUAUGGGCUUUAGCUGGAUAGCAUCGCCAGCCUGUACCGAACUCGAAGUUAUUAUGUGUAAUUGGCUUGGUAAAUUACUAGGGUUACCUAAUGAAUUUUUGAACCAUAGCAAUGGGACAGGCGGAGGAAUCAUACAGGGAUCUGCAAGUGAAUGUUCAUUCAUAUGUCUAUUGGCUGCGAAAGAAUACGCAACACGACGAAUGAAAGUUCUUCAUCCAGAAGUAAACGAGGAUCUCAUUAAAUCUAAAUUGGUCGCAUAUACUUCUGAUCAGUCAAAUUCUUCCGUUGAAAAGGCUGGCAUUUUAGGAUCAAUGCUAAUGAGGCUGUUGCCAGUGGACAAGAAGUGCUCUUUACGUGGUGAAACUUUGAAGAAAGCGAUUCAGGAAGAUGUGGAAAGAGGUCUUAUUCCAUGUUACGUCGUCGCUACUUUAGGAACUACAGCCACUUGUGCCUUUGAUAAUUUGGAUGAAAUAGGACCUAUAUGCAAAGAACAUAACAUCUGGUUGCAUGUUGAUGCUGCUUAUGCAGGUGCAGCAUUUAUUUGUCCGGAAUUUCGUCAUUUAAUGUCCGGCGUUCAAUAUGCUGAUUCUUUCAACAUAAAUGCACACAAAUGGCUCCUUGUGAACUUUGAUACUUCGGUAAUGUGGGUGAAAGAGUCGAGACGACUUAUAGAAGCGUUCAGUGUUAACAGAAUAUAUCUUGCGCAUGAUAAGGAAGGACUCGUACCCGAUUAUAGAAAUUGGCAAAUUUCUUUGGGUCGGCGAUUUCGUUCAUUAAAAUUAUGGUUUGUCAUGCGUAUUUAUGGAGUGGAAGGACUUCAGAAGCACAUUAGACAUACCAUAAGAUUAAGGCAGCUUUUUGAAAAAUAUCUUAGAUCGGACGAUAGAUUUGAAAUUGUUACCGAAGCAGUUAUGGGUCUCGUCUGUUUCCGUAUCAAGGGUGACAACAGUUUGACAAAGAAACUGUUAGACCGUCUACAGGCUAGAAGACAAGUUUAUCUGAUUGCCAGUACGUAUCAGGAUAAGCUUAUCGCCAGAUUUGUUGUAUGCAGUCGAUUAUGUAGAGAAGAAGACAUUGCUUUCUCGUGGAACGAAAUAAGUAGUCAGACAAACGAAAUUUUACAAGGCAAAUUUUAUCAAGAAUCGGUCGAAACCGCGAAAUCGCCGGAUGAUAUUGCGACAAGAAUAGAAAAUCUAAACUUGGCGACAAAGAAAAUAUCAUAAUUGAUCUUAAAAAUUUUGCCUAGAAACUUCAUAUAAGUAUAUCCACAUAACUUCAUAACUUGCACAUUUUUAUUUCAGAUCUAUUAUAAUGCUUUGUGAUG